GUUCCACUCAAAAAAAAAAAAACCAGAGAGAACACUCGCGUCCUCCCUGCAAAAAGAAAGCCGCAGCAAAGCUCCUUUUCACGCAGGCACAGAAAGAGAGAGCGCCUAUGAGAAUCGCCAUGGACAACGACCACCAAUUUGAAGAUCAUAUGGCUCUAAUCUCCGAGUUGUACCCGGGAGUUCACCCGCAGAUCGUACCGCCCGUCAAAGAGUCGAAGCCGCGGCGCAGGAGAAAGAAGAACAAGGGAGAGGGGGGCGCGGCGGGGCCGAGGAAGAGGAAGCUGAGCGAGGAGCAGGUGAACCUCCUGGAGCUGAAUUUCGGGAGCGAGCACAAGCUGGAGUCGGAGCGGAAGGACCGGCUGGCCUCGGAGCUCGGGCUCGACCCGAGGCAGGUGGCCGUCUGGUUCCAGAACCGGCGGGCACGGUGGAAGAACAAGAAGCUCGAGGAGGAGUACGCGAAGCUGAAGUCGGUGCACGACGGCACCGUCAUCGAGAAGUGCCGCCUUGAGGCUGAGGUGUUGAAGCUGAAGGAGCGGCUGAUCGAAUCGGAGAAGGAGAACCAACGGCUGCUGGAGCGGGCUGACGGGGGCGCGUCAAGCAACAGCCCGAGCUCAACAUCAAUGUCUGUGGAAGCGAGCAUGGAUGGGCGGUUCCCCGGAGCGUUCGCGUACGAGGAUGUCUUCUACAUGCCGGAGAAUGUGUACAAUGUCUACGGCAUGGAUUGGAUGAACCUUUUUGACUCGCGCCAAUGAUGGGAUUUUAUGGGCUGAGCCUUGGUGUUGUUUAGGGUAUAUUUUGCUAGUGCAAAGCACUGUUAAUUAGGGUUAUGUAGAAAGUGUUGAACCUUAGUGUAAAUUAUUUUUUAAUUUCUUUGUCUAAGUGUCUCCGUGUGUUUUUAACGUGGUCAGUGGUUAGGAUGUGAAAAAUAUGUAAUCAACUCAUUUGUAGUUAGGGUACUUUGCAACUGGUGGAAGCUAGUAGUGCAUU